CAGCAGCAGCAGUAGUAGCAGAGGUAAACACCAACCACGUGCCUCGCGGUGACCUCCACCACCAGCUACCCAGCAGAGCAAGGCACCGCUUCCACCACUACUACCGCCACGAUGUCUAUGGCCGAGCCGAGAAGGAGGCAGAAAUGGUCGCUAAACCCCCGAGGAAGUCUUUGGGCGAACGAUGACUCAAAGUUUGGACAAAAAUUGAUGGAGAAAAUGGGGUGGUCGAAGGGCCAUGGCUUGGGCCGGGAGCAGCAGGGCAUGAAGGACCCCCUGUCUGUUAAGUUAAAGGACGACAGCAAAGGCAUUGGCUAUAAAGGCAGUGAUGAUGAAUGGAUCAAGCAUUAUGAAGACUUUGAGAAUGUUCUUGCCAACUUGAACAGACAAGACAACACCCCCACAAAUGGCACAACUGACUCAAGCAGUGACAGCACCAAAGCACCAACCCAUAGCAAUGUUGGCAAGACAUCACUUGAAAGCUCCUCCAAAGCCUCUCGCUCCAGAGUUCAUUACCACAAGUUCACAAGGGGUAAGGACUUGAGUCGCUGCACCGAGGAUGACCUGGGCUGCAUUCUGGGGUCCAAGCGAGCCAAGCAGUUGGCCAAGGAGAAGCAUGCCGAGGCCAAAGAAGAGAAUGACGUGGAUGAGGUGGGCCAUGUGAACCACUCCAUGGGGCUCACCACCAUCAAGGGCUGCUUCAUGCAGGACUACUUCGCCCAGAAAAUGGAAGCGUUCAGAAACCGUGCUAAAAGUCAACCCCAGACCGUGGCUGAGGAGAGCCAAUGUGAUGAUGAGGAAGAGGAUGUGGGAAGGCCUGGCUUGGGGAUGAAUGCUGGUGGUGGUGACCUCACUCCUGACUCCCCUAAUGGUGAAGAAGAGAACAGAGAAGAAAGGAGGAAGAAGAAGAAGAAAAAGAAGAAGCAUCAGGUAGAGAUAGAGGAAAUUGAUCCUGCUGAAACCAUAUCUGAAAAAUGUUGUGUUGAAGUAGAAGAAAAUAAUGUGCCAAAGAAGAAAAAGAAGAAGAAAAAGCAGAAAAGCAGUGAUUUUAAUGACACUGAUGAGAAUCCAUGUGAAGCCAAUGGUGUGGAGGUUAGUACUGAAGACACUGCUCAGAUUAAUCCAGUAGUUGAUGAAGAGACACAAAGAAAAAAGAAGAAGAAGAAGAAGCAUUCUGAUGCUGUUGAAGAACAAAUCUUAAAUGAUGAAACAGAAGAGCAGCUUAAAGUAAAGAAAAAGAAGAAAAGGAAACAUGCAGAAGUCACAGAUGAAUAUAAUCCCUCCCAAUGUCUGGCUGUUGAGGAAAAUAACAAGAAGAAGAAGAAGAAAUUGAAGGAUAAGGAGUAGUUGUGACUUUUGUGUUAAUAUAUGAGCAGUAAUGAUAGAUAAAAGCAACAGAGUUCUUAGGUGUGAACUUCAUCAUCACCACCACCAUCACCACCACCAAUACCAUUUGUCCGUGUUCCUUCCUGGACAGCUCUCCACAAGGGAUGACUGACAGGAAUCCCCCAUAACUUCAUUCCACCAUUCAUGCCACACCACAUAUCCUCUCCAUCUACUCUCCUGUUUCAGACCCAGGCACAUGAAAGCUUGCCUCCACUUGUGUUCAUUACCUCACUACUCCUUGCUGAACCUUAAACACAGCAUAUUAUCUGCAGUGUCUCAUAAGUUUUGUUAUCCUCGACUUUUACACAAAGUUUAAUUUCUUGCCAUCCUGACUUUUGCACAUUAUUUCCUCAAGUUUUCAUUGGAUGUUAGUCAUGUGUUCCUACAAUUGGUAUCACAAACAAAAAAAACAAAUACAUGUUUGCUUUGUGUUAUAUAAACAUUUCCAUGUACAGUUCACAUAUCUGAACAUACAAAGUCUUCAUGUGGAUGAACCACUUGUUAACCACAACAGUCAUCCCAGCUUGCAUGUAAGGAAGGGUGGCAAUGGAGCUGCUGCACUACAAAAAAGCACAAACAGUUGAGAGAUGUCUUAUGACUGGCAAACACAAUGGCACUGUGCCACUGAAUCACACCAGAUGUAUGAACAAAACGCACACAUUCACACAGUUGUAGCUGCUGUGGCACUACACCACCACAAUGCCAAUUUCAGGACAAAAUACUCACACACAAUUAUUUUAUCUUUAUUCUUUCAAUCAUUAUUGCCAUUGUAUAGGCCACGCCAUUUCUAAACUCCCCUUCCUAUCACACACACAUAAUUGUUACUGUGGCCGUUGCUUCUUACAUCUUCAGUCAUUUUAAGAUCAUCUCUUCUGACCAGUGACUUCACCCAGCCAAUCACCUCAGAGUUAUUUAUGGUUGCCUACUUGUCUGUUUCUACCAGGCUGGCAGUCCUUCUUGCUGGCCUGGUAUGUAGAUAAUGGCUAGAUAGGUUUAUAUAGGCACUAGGAGUCAGAAGAAUCUGAAAUGUGUAAAUUCUUAUAAGAGGCCUUGAAACUUGGAGGGGCUCUGUGUUGGAGAUAUGAUCAAUCAAUUGAUAUAAGUAAUAUCAGUUUGUGGGAGGCAGAGCUUCAAGUUGAUCAUGAUGAGUGCCUUUGGAAACUCUGUGUUGCGAUGCACUGCUCGUGGAACAGUUGUUCUUGUCAAUAAAUCUUUGAACAACUUAA